AGAACUCUCUCCGGCGAGGCCCCUGAAGUUCCACAACAACUCUCAUGCAAUGGUUUGAUUAGAGGGAUGAUGAAGUUUGCAGGAUAUUCUCUGACAGCUCCGUUUACUCCUAUUUAUCCAAAUAUCCUUAAAAACUAUACGAGAUUGCCGUUUGAUAUAUUUAAGAGGAAUUGGACCAAGUCAAGUAGCGUGUCUGUCCAUACUCAAAAAGAUCAAGUACUUGCAAAUGCCGUGAUGGUUGCCGAGCAGUAUCUUCCUCCUUGGUUUAGUGUUGCUCCAAUGAUGGACUGGACAGAUAAUCAUUACAGGACUCUUGCUCGGCUCAUAUCAAAACACGCAUGGCUCUAUACAGAGAUGCUUGCAGCUGAAACAAUUGUUUAUCAGAAGGAUAAUCUGGACAGACUCUUGGCAUUUUCUCCAGAACAACAUCCUAUAGUGCUUCAAAUUGGUGGCAAUAAUUUGGAAAACCUGGUAAAAGCAACCAAACUUGCUAAUGCGUACAACUAUGAUGAAAUCAAUUUCAAAUAAUUCCUUAAUUAUUUGAAAUAAAUUAUUUGUCUAAUUAAACGUACAUGCAGGACAUGUUUGUUACGCUUUAAUUAUUGCGAACACAUGUUGUGGCAUUGUUGCAUAUAUAUAUAUAUAUAUAUAGCUACAGCUCAAAUCAUAGUGAUUAA